UGGUAGUACUGUCAGUACUUGCAGUGCAUAACGGAACGCACCCUAAAUGACCCACUGUCGCUACUGGGUUUUCAUUUUUCUUCAACACGGGGGCCGAACAAUCAGCGAUGUCCGUCUCUCAAAUGGAAAAAAAUCUAUUCAAUUUGAAGUUCGCAGUGAAGGAGUUGGAGAGAAACUCGAAGAAAUGCGAGAAGGAGGAGAAAAUAGAGAAAUCAAAGAUCAAGAAGGCGAUACAGAAAGGGAAUAUGGAAGGUGCUCGCAUCCACGCGGAGAACGCGAUUCGGCAGAAGAACCAGGCCUUGAAUUACCUCAGGAUGAGCGCCAGGGUGGAUGCGGUGGCCAGCAGAGUGCAGACCGCACUUACAACUCGCAAGGUCACCCAAUCUAUGGCCGGUGUUGUUAAAGCCAUGGAUGCAGCAAUGAAGUCGAUGAACUUGGAGAAAAUCUCUGGACUCAUGGAUAAGUUUGAGAGCCAGUUCGAGGACCUGGACGUACAGAGUUCAUAUAUGGAAAAUGCUAUGUCGCAAACUACAACCACCAAUGUACCUCAGAAUGACGUAGACGCUCUAAUGCAACAAGUUGCAGAUGAAGCUGGCCUGGAGCUAAACAUGGAGUUGCCUGCUGGUCAACUGGGCAGUAUUGGUACUUCAACAGCAGUAAGCCAAGAACAAGAUGAGCUAACACAGAGACUGGCACGACUCAGAGAGUAAUAGCAAAAUAAUUAAUUGUGUACACACACA